AUGAUGAAGUUUCUGAACACUUUGCUAUUCUCCGGGCUGGCUGUGGCUAGUACCCAGCCUAAUAUUCUGUUUAUUUUGACGGAUGACCAGGAUAAGCAUAUGGGGAGUCCGGAUUAUAUGCCCCAGCUUCAGAAACAAAUCGUCCAAAAAGGAACCACCUUCCCCAAACACUACUGCUCAACAGCCCUCUGCUGCCCCUCGCGCGCCAACAUCUGGACCGGCCGCAUGCCUCACAACACCAACAUCACCGACGUAAACCCUCCCUACGGCGGCUACCCCCGCGUCGUCGAAGCCGGCUGGAACGACAACUACCUCCCCAUCUGGCUGCAAGAAGCCGGCUACAACACCUACUACGUGGGCAAGUUGUGGAACGCGCACAGCACAACAAACUACAACAACCCCCCCGCCAAGGGCUUCAACAGCUCCGACUUCCUCCUCGACCCGUAUACCUACCGCUACUACGAUGCGCAGAUGACCCGUAACAACGGCAAGCCGGUUAGUUACCAGGGACAGUACUCGACGGAUGUCAUCGCGGAUAAGGCGCGCGGGUUCCUGGACGAGGCUAUCGAGAACAAGGAUAAGCCUUGGUUUUUGACUGUUGCGCCUACGGCGCCUCACUCGAAUGGUUCUUACGAUCCUAGUCGCGACACGAACUGGUUCGGAGAGCCGGAGUUUGCACCGCGCCAUGCGGGACUGUUCCCUGAUUACCAGAUUCCUCGCGAUGCGAGCUUUAACAAGCCCAUCCAGGGUGCUGUGGGGUGGGUGAAGGAUUUGCCUGAGUUGAAUGAAACGCUUAUUCAGUAUAAUGAUGAGUUUGGGCGGAGACGGCUGCGCGCACUGCAGGCUGUUGAUGAGAUGAUUGAGAGUCUUAUUGAGAAGUUGGAGAAGGCGGGUGUGCUGGAUAACACGUAUGUUGUGUUUUCGGCGGAUAAUGGGUAUCAUAUUGGGCAGCAUCGGAUGAACCCAGGGAAGAACUGUGGUUAUGAAACCGACAUCAACGUCCCCUUGGCCAUCCGCGGCCCCGGCAUCCCCGAAAACGCAACCCUAGACGUCGUGUCCUCCCACACCGACAUCGCCCCAACCUUCCUGCAAAUCGCCAACGCCCCCUCCCGCCCGGGCCUCGACGGCAAAGCCCUCCCCUUCACCCAAGCCGACACCGCCGACGCGAAGACCGAGCACGCAGCCAUCGAAUACUGGGGCCUCGCCAUCCCCGAAGGCAUCUACGGCCACUACAGCAACGUCCCCGUACAACCAGACACCCAAUUCCAAAACAACACCUACAAAGCCCUCCGCCUAAUCUCCGACUCCUACAGUGUCUACUACUCCGUCUGGUGCACCAACGAGCAAGAACUCUUCAACAUGAAAUCCGACCCUCACCAAACCGUCAACCUCGCCGCGAACCCCGCGCAGCACCAAAACUUCAAGAUCGCAAACCGCCCCAUCGGCCAGAUCAUCCCUCGUCUGGACGCGCUGAUGAUGGUGCUCAAGUCCUGUGAUGGUGAUGCUUGUCGCAAGCCGUGGCAGCAGUUGCAUCCUGCGGGCGCGGUGGCGAAUCUGACGCAGGCGCUGGAUGAGAAGUUUGAUGGGUUUUAUGCGAGACAACCCAAGGUUUCGUUUAGUUCUUGUGCGAAUGGGUAUUUGAUUAGUGAAGAGGGACCGCAGGAGUUUAAUAAGUAUACCGGGGGGAAGGGGAAGAGUGGGACUAGGAGGAACUUCUUGGGUAUAUAA